AUGAGAUACCUAGACGGCGUUGAGAGAGCUGAAAGGUUGGCAAUGACGCAGGCACAGAAGAGGGUGGAUGAGCUACUCGAGGGGCCUGGCUCGGCAACAGGGAACAUGCUAAGGAUACACGGAUCAACCACCACACAGAGAGGCCGCAUGAAGCCCCCUAGCAUAUCAGUCACUACUACCACUAGCAGUCCUCCUCGCAGUAAUCGCUUCGAACGGCUGUAUGCUGAGGGAGCGGAGCGUGCUGCUAGACGGAAGGACCUGGAGAAGGCAGUUAUUGAGGAAGAGGAUGCCAAGUUGAGAGAGGAGAUAGCCACAGCUAGGCUGGGGUGGAGGAAUCGAAGUGUUGUCGAGUCGGUGGAGUCAGGGUCGAGUCAGGGAGGAGGAGGAGGAGGAGGGUUGAAGAAGAGUCCCUGGGAGAGGAUGAGCAAGCAAGAGGCCGACAAUCGAGCAAUGAAGCUUCAGAAGAUGAAGGAUGAGUUGGCAGAAAAGGAACGACAAGAGAUCGAGGCUAGCAGGGUCAACAUAGCAUCUCACGCCUUAGAGGAUGCUGUGGACUCGAGACGGGCCAAGCUCGAGCAGCUCGCAUCGCAGUUCUCUGCUGAGGAGAAAGCCAAGAUAGAUGCGGCCAGGUUCAAGAAACCAGGCAAGCCAGCAAAAAGCGUCGACAUACGGGAGAUGACCAAUAGAUUAUAUGCUGAGGGGGAGAAGAGACGUGCUAAGUUGGAGCAGAUGCAGGAGGAAGCUGAGCUCAGAGAGAUUGCCAAAGUUACCAAAGUAGACAGGAAAGAUGGGAAGGUCGCUGGUUCGAUCCCGGGCGCUGGCAUUACCACUAAGCGGAAGAGCUCAGGUCAUCAGCGUCUAUACGCUGAGUCGCAGGCCCGGAAGGAGAGGAUAGCGAAGUUAGCCCAAGCUGUGAAGGCAGAGGAGGAAAAAGAAUGUACCUAUCAGCCCAAUCUCCAGAAGUCCCGACCCAGGCCCAUUAAUGGCCAUACUUUGGGUACUCUUAGAUCUCCAACAGGCAAUGGUGGUAUCCAUGAGAACCUAUAUCGUGAUAGGGCUGCUAGGGAUGAGCGCAUUCGCAAGAUGAGGGAGGAGAAAGAGGCUCUGGAAGUAUGCAGUGUGGGCUCUAGGACCACUCCCAAGACGCCGACUAGGAAGGACCUACACGCCUCUCUUCACGAUGAAGUGUACAAGCGUAAGGCUGAGGCGGAGGCUGCGGAGAAGGAAAAAGAAGAACUUGUCAAGUCAUUCCUCCACGCCUCGAGGAAGACACCUGUCCGAGCCGGUCUGCAUGAUCGUCUGUUCGAGGAGUCGAAGCUAAGACAUGAUGCUUUGAUGAAGCGACUCCAAGAGAAGGAGGAUAGAGAGGCAGCAACAACAGCACUUCGCUUCAAGGAGGAGGUGAAAAUACCCAAGAGGAAGAAGGUUCAGGAGCCCACCCCACCACCAGUGGAGACAGUCCUGGACCAAACGCCUGUGGACAAAGAUGCUUCCGUGGACUCACUUGCUAAGGUGGAUCUGCAUGCACACUCGGACGAGUUGUAUCGCUAUUUCCCAGGUUCUCCCGGGUUACCACAAUUCCUGUCCAUGACUAACCUAGCUCUAGGGGUGGCCAUGGCGUUCUCUGGUCCUAUUGGCAAGAGCUUACCUCCUUUGGUGGUAGAGGUACCUUCAGAGUUGCCAAUAGUGAACUCCUUCGAACUCACAGGCGACAAGAUUGGCCGUUACCUUGCUCCGUUCGGUGUCAGCUUUUUUCUAAUGAUUGCUCUCUGGAUUGCUGUUCCAGCUCGUCAGCGUCUCCUUAUGUAUAGGCAGCGUUUGGGUGAGACCAACUGGGGGGUGUGA